UUGUAAGAUUUGGUUUGCGUAGGAUAAUGAUGUGUCCUCUUCUUCAAUUAUUAGUGGCUGGAAUAGAGAGAGGAGCGGUGUAAACAAAUUUCAUUACAUAACAUUAUAACAAAAAGGGGAGAUUUGUCUAUCUCUCUUCUCUCCAUGUAUCCCUAAUUUCUUCAAUCGUUCGUAAGUCCGUUUUGCAGAAGAAGAGAAUGACGACAAUAUCAGAUCUUCCAUGUGAUUUGGUAGGGGAAAUACUGUCUAGAGUUCCAUUGACAUCUCUGGGAGCAACACGAUCUACUUGCAAAAAGUGGGAAGCUUUAUCAAAAAAUCAGAUUUUUGGUAAAAAAUCAAGAGCAGCAGCAAGGAAGCAGUUUCUGGGGUUUAUGAUGAAGGAUGCAAGGGUUUGUUCUUUGAAAUUCGAUCUCCAAGGAAUCCGCAACCACGGGGACUUGGUUGAUCCAUCUAUAAAUCAAGUAAGCCUACUUAACCAAGUCGAGGUACAUAGAGUCUUUCACUGUGACGGUUUAUUGUUAUGCGUCCUCAAGGACAGCUCGAGGCUCUUGGUAUGGAAUCCUUAUUUGGGUCAAACCAGGUGGAUCGAACCCAGGCAAAACUUCGACGUCUUGGACAGGUAUGCUAUCGGUUAUGACAAGAAGAACCGUAACCACAAAAUCUUGAGAAUUUUCGGUGAGCAGCGAACGGUUCUUGGGUACGAAAUCUACGAUUUUAGCUCUAAUUCAUGGAGGGUCGUUUGUGUCGAACCACCCGAGUGGUUUAUAUGGUCUCAUCAACGCAGUGUGUCUUUGAAAGGGAAUGCUUUUUUUGCUGCUAAAAGGGAAACAACAACAGUGGUUGGUGGUGGAGGAAAAAAGAUUAUUGAACAAGAUAUCUUACUCUGUUUUGAUUUCACAACAGAGAGAUUUGGACCGAGUCUGUAUCUUCCGUUUUGCUCUGAUGCAAAAGACAAUGUUACUUUAUCUUGUCUUAGAGAUGAGCAGCUCGCCGUGUUACACCAACACAUGAAUGCAUGUCAGAUCAUGGAGAUUUGGGUUACGACUAAGAUUGAUCCCGAUACGGUCUCAUGGAACAAGUUUAUGAGAGAGCUCGCUGGUUAUCCGGUUGACACUGAAGGUGGGAGUUUCUUCAUUGACGAGGAGAAGAAUGUUGCUGUUGUUUUCGACCUAGACCAUUUUCAUGGGGCUAUGGCUUCAGCUCACAUGGUUGGACCAAGGAGGUACUUGAGAUCUGUUAAAAUCGGAAAAGCCCUUAAUAUCGGAAAACUUGACGAGUUAGGAUAUUUUCAUGCCAAGUAUCGUCUCCCUCUUGUGUGCUCUUCUUAUGUUCCAAGUUUAGUGCAACUGCAAAUCAACCAACCGGGUUGCCAAAAAAGAAAAAGAGAAAGAGUUUAUAAACCCAAAAGCAAAAUGAAAGAAGAACAAAGGGAAAAAAAUGGUGGGAUAGAGGUUUACUAGUUAGUUCCAUCCCUUGUUUUAUUUGGUUUUAUUUGCAAUAUAACAUUACUUAUUUGUUUCUUGCAUCUCUCCGAUUUUUAAUUUAUUCAUGCCCCCUAGACCACCCUCGUUAUCUUAGUCCAUCUCCUUUACUUUGCAAUUAACAAAGAAAUUCCAUCUUCACUUAA